AAUAAACUUGGAAGGUACCCGAGCACCACAGCGCCUUCCGCACUAUUUUGCGGCUUUGCCUGGUUUUUUUCCUCUUACCAAGUGGCCCCCUGUUUCCUUCCAUUGGUACCUUUCCUUCCCUACGUGCCUACCUACACAGUACAUACAGUACCUCCCUAAGGUACUUUGCAUCGCUGCUCUUUCAACCCACCUACCGAACCUUUCCCGACGCGAGUAAUCUGGGCAACACUUUACUUUACCACCACCACACAAACCUCCCCCCCCCGUUCCAAGGUUCGGAAAAAACAACAACUCAACCAUCAUUAUCACCGUCCCGCCUCUCUGGAACCUCAACCACCCACCUACCCACCCUCCUUCGGUUCCCCUCCUCUUCCGACCUGCUGCCGUGAGCCACGACGCAUGAGGCCCCGCGGUAUUCCUCCGAAUAUCUACGUCCUUGCGCUCUCCUUUGCGUCGAGUGCAUAGUCGCCUUUCUCUCUGUCUCUCUCUCUCUCUCCGUCAUCUUCGACCUCGCCCACGCCACAUUCGUCCCGAUCGCUCUCGAGAACGGGAUCUCGCUCACUCGCCUCUUUCCCUCCUCCAGCAUCCAGACCAGUUCAAGUCGUGCUGCUGGCGCCCCCCGACCUGCCUCUGAAAGGGCUCCCGGGUCGGCGGACAGCAGAUAUCCUCCCAGCGCAUGCCUCGUGCUUCCAGCUCUGCGAAGCGACAGCAAGGCGCCGCCAACCAACGCGAUACCAGGCACGAAAAUGGUCUUGUAGGCCCCGCCAAGCGAGUUGCCAACAAGAAGAGCCAGUCGAACCUCGACGCUUCAGCUAGGACGUCGUCUGACCAGAAUGCUGCUGCCCCGGCUCUCCCCUCGCCUUUGCCCAACGGCACUUCCAACGGACACCUCAAGACCCCGAACCUCGCUGCGCCCGCUUCCGACCACAACGGCAACACCAUGGCCCCUGAACACCGGAAUGGCCAUGCCGCUACCAGGCGGCCCUCGUUAGGCGGUUGCUCCGAGACUUCCUCGUCCGACUCGCUCUCCUCUGCCAUGGGCAAUGGUGCUGCUGACGCGAGCCACCGCCAGAUUGAUGUCAACGCCACCAAGAACGCCGACGUCCAUCGCGACCCCGGUGGCCCCAUCGAGUUCGCCGCUACCGUUCUGAGGGCUCUGCCUCUCUACGACACCCUUGCCAUCCUCAUCCUGCUCAUGCAGGUCCCUCCCGUCGCCCUCUCCGGUAUCUACAUGGUCUUCACCUUCCUCACUUUUGUGCCCCCUGUUACCACGAGCUCUGGAAUGAACAUCAAUCUCGCCGAGAUCUUUGAUUACAACUCCACCAUGCCCUCCCUCGUUACGGUGCUCUGCAUGGAUGUCUUCAUACUGCUCGUGUGGCUCUUUCUGUGGCCGCCCAUGCAGCUCGCCAUCCUCGACUUUGCCAAGCCCGUCAUCGCCGCCACUUUGGGUGGUGGAUCCAACACGAGGGAGGGAGCGUCAAGGAGCGUCACUACCUGCUUCUUCCUGGUCAUAGGCUCGCAUCUUCUACGCGGUUCAAGAUUCCACUGGACUCGGGCAACAAAGUUCCUCCCGGCCAAUUGGCGGUUCUCUCCCGACUCUGACGAUCCGUUAGAAACAUUCACUCGCGGUUUCGAUAAGAGAGGACCGCACGGGUGGAUCAAGAGCGUGCUUGCCAUACAUAUUUUAACGCAGGGCAUAGUGAGGUACAUAAGAGAGUGGUAUUUGAGAAGAGAAAAGGGAAGCCCGUCGGCACACAGCAUAACGGACCCGGAGGCCGGUAAGUCGUACUCGAAUGAGACGACCACCGACACAGGGUUUGCUACGCCAGACAGCGACACGACUUUCCAACAAAAUGCGACGGUAUCAUCUACGAAAAAGAAGAGAAAACAAAGCACACAGGUGCGUCUUCAGCAGCCGCUGUGGGCGGCCCUAGCGAGUACCAAAAUUGUCAUGGUUAAGGAGUACGAAUUAUCGCACGCUACCUCCGAGUCCGCCGGUUCCAACGCUACCGACAUUCACAACUUGGGGAAUGCCCCCUUUGACAGUCAGGCCGAACAGAUUUGGAUAUCGUAUAUUGGGCACGAUGAGGUUUGCUUUAACACCAGCUACUUUCCCGACAGCCUGAGCGCUGCUCCGAAUGGGCACGUUUCGCGGCCGGCAGGAGUCGACACUUCAAAACCUUUCUACGUCCGAGUAAACAACGCCUUCUGGCAGCCGACACGUAUAUUCCGCAUCCAGGACGACGACCAAGACGAGCAAUCCAGCCAACACCGGUGGUGUGGUGACAUUUACGGACUGCGGCCGCUGUCCAAGUACGUCUGCGAGUUUGUCGAUACACGCACGAAUCGAGUUGUCUUUUCCACCAGCAUCCGAACCUCUUUUGCGCCCAACAAGGACCAAGAGGGCUCCGUCAACCCGCCCGUCAGCACGCCACAGUCUCUUCGCCCCGACUCGCCCGCGACGACGCUGAAGAGCACAAUCAACGCGAAUAACGAGCGGCUGGCGGAAGAGAAGUCUAGGCUGAAGACGCUGCGCAAGGAGUGGAAGAACAAGAUUGCCGCGCUACGGAAAGAGAACGAGAGACUCGACAAUGUGAUUCAGACCGCCGGUGGCAACGACGACAAGCACAGGCAGAAGAUUAUCCAGCAAGAGACCAACAAAGCCCAAUCCGAAAAGGAGAUUGCCCAGCUCGAAGCAGAGCUCAAGGAGUUUGAGAAAGCACCUGAGGGAUUCUACGAGCGCAAGAAACAGACGGAAAAGGAGUGGGCUGCCGAAAAGGCCAUCUUCGAUACCGCCUCCAAAGAAUACAAAGACUACAAGGCCGCCAUCGCCAAGGCUGUGAAGGCCAAGGAGGACGAGCAGGCUGCCGCGCAGACCAAGAGGAACAAGAUUGCAGCACGCAUCGCCAAGGUGGACACCGAGCUGGGCAGAAUCACGGAUGCCAACAACCGCGGGCUGGACGAGGCCGAACGUAGGCGCCAGGCCCGGAUCGCCUGGCAGGCGGAGACAUCAACGAUUGAGAAUAACUUCCGGGGCAGCAUUGCGGAUAUCAAGGCGGCCAACGCGAACAAGCAGGAGCAAGUAAACGCUUUGCUACAGCAGCUCCAGGCAUAUCAUGAGCACAUGAACUACGCCACGACUGCCGCGAUGCCCUACGAUCUCCCUGAACGUCAUUCCGCCCAGUCUCAGACCACGUCAUCCGCCUACAAUCCCGCCGCGCCGGCCUGGACACCGCCGUCCGCCGCCGCAUCGCAGUAUGUGAUGCCCGCCGGGCCUAUGUGGCCCACGUCCACCAUGACCGCGUCCGGCUCUGUGUUGCCGCUGCCAGCGUCCUCUAUGCAGCCUGUGUGGGGUUAUCCGCCUACGCACCAGAGCACUGUCUCUCUCAAGGCCAGGGGCCGCUCCUCCUCGAUGCUUAGCGAUGUGUCUGGGUUCACGCAGUCUAGCAACGGCGACGACGAGUUCUUGUCGCUCCACAACACGCCUGCGCAGCAGCCCAUGGCCCAGCGCACGCCCGUCACGUUUGCUUUUACGCGACGUCAACGGAGCGACGGCGCUGGGUCAGGCUCUGGCGGCAGCAGCGUUCAUAGUGGAAGCGCUAGCGGCAGCGGAAGCAUGCGGGAUCCUCAAAGUCCGGUCUGAUGUGUAUGUUUUCAUCGGGAAUUGUGUCUUGUUUUUUGGUGGUCAACUUUCGAAGGGUCUCUCGAGUCGAGACAAGUUGCUUGCUGGGCUGUCUAGUCAACCACUUGUUGGUGGACCUUGUCCUCAUGCCAUCAAUCUUCCCUCCUCUGAGUUGGAGGGCUGUAUUUAUGUCGAGGUUUAGUCUGUGGAUAGGUGGACUACAUGUCCGUAGCGAUUUCGUCUAGCGAAAUGAAGACAAAAAAAAAGUUGUGCCUUUGUUUAGAUUAUCUGUCUUUUGACGUGGUCCUUGUGAUGUCUAUGUUGAGGAUGAUAUGACUACCUGAUUUUAUGAUAAGAUGCCUAUGAGAGUG